AUGGAAUUAACUGAAACUAUCAGUAAAACCUCACAGUUUCUGCAGGACCUGCCUCACUCGUUUGCACUCAUUUGUUUUGUCGUCAUCUUUACUUCACUUUUAACUGCACUGAUCGCCAAAAGAAAGAAAGAGCUCCGAAACGUUGGAGCUUUUGCGGGACCACCAGCCCACUGGCUUCUGGGACAUGUCAAGGAGUUAAAACAAGACGGGACAGACUUUGACCAUUUGAUAAAAUGGGGGGAGCAAUACCCUUUGGCUUUUCCAUUGUGGUUUGGUCCUUUUGUUUCAUUUCUCAACAUUCACCACCCGGACUAUGCAAAAACCUUGCUGACCUCAACAGAGCCAAAAGAUGAUUUUGCAUUUGAUUUUCUAUCACCUUGGAUUGGAGAAGGUUUACUGGUGUCAAAUGGCCAGAAGUGGUCACGCCACAGACGGCUUCUGACCCCGGGUUUCCAUUAUAAUGUUUUGAAGCCAUACACAAAACUGAUCUCAGAUUCUGCCAAAACUAUGUUGGACAAAUGGGAGGGUUAUGCACAAACCAGUGAGUCUUUUGAGUUGUUUGAGCACGUGAGUCUCAUGACACUGGACAGCAUCAUGAAGUGUGCCUUCAGCUGCAACAGCGACUGUCAACACGAGGGUGGGACAAACGCGUACAUCAAAGCCGUGUACGAGCUUACUCAUCUGACCUUCCUGCGCUUCAGGACCUUUCCGUACCACAGUGACAUCGUUUUCCACCUCAGCCCACAUGGCUUCAGAUUUAGGAAAGCAUGCAGGGUGGCUCACAGUCAUACAGAGGAAGUCAUAAAAAAGAGGAAAGAAGCACUAAAGGAAAUGAAUGGACUGGACCAAAUACAAAGCAAGAGAAACCUGGACUUCCUGGACAUCCUUCUCUGUGCAAGGGACGAGAAGCAGCAGGGUCUGUCAGAUGAGGACAUACGAGCAGAAGUGGACACCUUCAUGUUUGAGGGCCAUGACACCACAGCCAGUGGCAUCUCUUUCAUCCUCUACUGUCUGGCCUGCAACCCAGAACACCAGCAAAUGUGCAGGGACGAGAUCAUCCACGCCCUGGAGGGAAAGGACACCAUUGAGUGGGAGGAUCUGAGUAAAAUUCCCUAUACCACAAUGUGCAUCAAAGAAUCCCUCCGCCUUUACCCUCCUGUACCAGGAAUACUACGGAAAACAACCAAACCCAUAACUUUCUUUGAUGGGAGGACUGUGCCUGCAGGUUGUCUUGUUGGAGGCAGUGUGUUUGGGAUUCACAGAAAUGCAACAGUUUGGGAGAACCCAGAUGUGUUUGACCCACUCCGUUUCCUGCCAGAGAAUUCCUCAAACAGAUCACCAUACGCCUUUGUGCCUUUUUCUGCUGGAACCAGGAACUGCAUCGGUCAGACCUUUGCAAUGAAUGAGAUGAAAGUGGUGGUCGCCCAGACUCUGAGGAGAUAUCAGCUGAUCGAGGACCCCACCAGGAAACCCAAGAUUAUUCCGAGACUGGUGCUUCACUCACUCAAUGGUAUCCACAUCAAGAUCAAGCCCGUGGACUUGGGUUAG